AUGACGGCACUUGCUAAAGCACAACUAAGUGAGGCUCCCUCCCCCUCGGCUCCCGCCGUUGCACCGUCUGCACCGCUACAAGCGCAGUGCAGUGCGCCCUGGAUGCUUCUUCUCUUGGCCAUAGCUUUAACAUUGUGGAGCCGGCGAAACUGGGUGGAGCUACCCAACUUCUCGCACUGGGAACAACUACAUCGAAGACGCCCGGGACCCAACAAACUUGAAGACAUCAAUGUGACAUUCUCUCGGUAUAGCCGCAAACUCGCCUACCUCCAGUUAUUUACUGCUCAGUCUGCUACAUACCCAUAUGGGGAACACUUGUCAGAGGUGGAAAUGUACGGUAACGCUUUCGGUUCCAUCUUUGAGCGCGAACUUUUCGAAGCUUUCGCUUGGGGCAUCGAACUGAUGGAACUGCGCUAG